CCGGUUGCACCUCUGCCGCUGCUCUUAGGGUUUGGUUGCGCCGUAGUUUUCCGUUACCAAGCAGCGAUGAAACGUGAUGGCGGAAGGAACCAUCAGUCACCUCCUGGACUGAAGAUGUGAUAUGUGAAGGUCUUUGCUUGAAACUGCAUUCAGUAUGUCCACAUCCAGCGAUUUCCGGGAGAAGCUGCGGAAGAAACGGCGUGUGCUGCAGGACUCUUUGGUGAAAGUGAGGGACGACACGCAGGCCCUGGUUCCUCUCGAAUCUGGCAUCACUAAGGAGAACAUUCAUGAUGCGGUGGAGGAACUGACCGGCAGAGAGGAUGACCCGGGCGAAACCCUGCGGCAAACACUAAAAGCACAGAGAAUGAAGAAGAAAAAGAAGCUGUUAAAAGAGAUGGCAGUGGAGGUUCCUCCAGAGCACGAGGUGGUGCAGGAGGUGGUCACGGUUGUGCAGGAGCUGCAGGAGGGGCAUCUAGAAGAAACGUGGGCAGGAGAAGAUCACUCGGCUCGGCUACCCAGAGACCUUCCUCCUCUCCCUGUUUCGAGGGCUGACUCGAGUCUGUCGGAGAGCUCCGCGAGGCAGCGUAUGAGGGAGAAGCUGAGAGAGGCCAGGUCCAAAGCUGCCAGUCUGUUGGAGCAGGAGGCUUCCCAGGAGCCGGCCAGCCGUCUGAAGAGCCUCCGAGGCAGAGUGACUCUGACUAGAUUUGACCAGGAAUCAGACGACGUCCUCGGCCAGAGCGACGCCACCGCAGCUGCCAGGGUGAAAUUUCGGGAUGCAGCCAGACGAGUAGCCAGAAACAAAACGUCCGAAAGCGGUUUGCCCAGCGCUGAGGAAGCGUACAACUUCUUCACCUUCAACUUCGACCCCGAACCUAAACCUGAAAAGCGCGACGUGGAAACAAAAAAAGACGCAAGGGAAGAAGAGGAAGGUGAAGAGGAAGAAGAGGACACAGAGCAGGAAGGAGAGGAGGAGACCACGGAGAGGGUGAAGCACGCCAUAUUUACUUCAGGGAAUAAUGAUGAAGAUGCGCCGCUGGUCAGAGAUGAAGAUGAGGAUCUGUUUGUUAUUCAGUCAGCGCACGACUUCCUGGAGGUGAAGAAGGCUGAGUAUGUUGAGAACGGCAGCCGGAUAGAAAGAGAGAAAGAGCUUCUGUUCGUCCCCAGUGUGAGACCUGUGCCUGCUUCCUGUAAGCUCCCGGAGAACCUGCGUCCCCGUUAUCUAGAAGAAGAGGGUCUUUAUGUAGGAGAGCGGCCAUACGUGUCCCUGACCAAUCAGAGCAUUCUGGAAAACCGCAUCGUGAAGCAAGAUCAGGGUAUGAAGUGGUUUGGCGAUGACGGACGGAUCAUGGCUCGGCCGGAUCCAAUCAAGGAGUCCUCAUCAAGGCCACCCCUUUUCCACCUGGAGGAGGCACUCGAACCGACACUGCAGACUGUCUACAGAAAGGCGCUGAAAUCGAAGCACAUUAGCCGCUACAUGGUGGGAGUCGGCGAGCCGGGCGGAGACUACCAGCUGGACGUCGAUGUGUCCGGGCUUAUAUUCUCCCAUCAUCCCCUGUUCAGCAGGGAGCAUGUGCUGGGGGCUCGGCUGGCCCAGCUGUACGACCAGUACCUCAGCAGACGCCAUAAAAACCUCACCUGUCUUCUAACAGAUAAGUUAAAUGGGUUGAGAAACGCCAUUCACAAUAUGCUGCAGCUUCAUAACGGAGAAGGUCUUAGCCUGGUGAGUCAGCAAAGAAUUGUGGAGUACAGACAGGAAAUGAGACACACUCGUCAGCUGCGAGACUUGGAGCAAGAGAGAGACCGAACUCUGCUGAAGAGCAUCGUCAAAGUGUGGAAGGAGCUCAAAGGACUGCGGGAAUUCCAGGGUUUCGCCAACACGCCCUACAAACUCUACGUCAGAAAAGAGGAGGUGGAUCGAGGACGGGAUGAACGAGAACACGAGGCGGAGAUCUCUGCAGAGGUUUCCGAGCUGCACGCUGAGGCCGUCGAAGAUUAUGAGAGGAAGAUGGUUGAGUACCGGAGACGUCUGGAGGAAUGGAGGUCCUGGAGGAGGAAGCAGAAAUUAAAGAAGAAGCAAAAGCAGAAAGAACAGCAGUCUGAGGAUGAAGAGGAUGAGCACAGCGACGAAGACUCGGGAGAGGUGCGAGUGAAACCAGAACCUCCAGAGAAACCGAGCACAGCGAGUUUGGAGCAGCAGGUCCGAGAGAAAGCCGCGAAGAUCCGCAGGAAACCCGGAGAAUCGAUUUUGGUUCCAGAGCUUACGGUCUCCGGGCCGGUCACGCCUAACGAACAGUGUCCACGAGGUGAAUUAGGACGGAGGGAGGACGUAGCGAAGCGCUCGCUGUUUAUCAAAGUGCUGUACAACGACAAAGAAGUUUCCAGAACGGACAGUCGCUCGCUCAGCAUGGACUUCCGCGUUCACGUCGGCCAGAUGUUCAACCUGAAAAUCGUGAACUGGCCCGAGAGCAUCAAACUGCAGAUAUACGAGAGCGCCGGAUCGUCUACCAAUCUGUUAGCGGAGGUGUGUGUACCAGUUCCGGAGACUUCCGUUCUAACAGGAAGUGCUUCAUCUGAAGAGAUGGAGUUCAGCAGCAACCAGAGGGUCACGUUUAACCAUGAGGGAGUCGGCAGUGACGUGCCGUUCUCGUUCAUGGCUGAUGGCAGUAACCGCCAGACACUGCUGACCUCAGGGAAGCUGUCCUGCUGUGUGUCCUGGGCCAUAGGAGAAGAUGACCUGCCCCUGGCUCCGCCCUCUGGCCAGCCCGGUGUACACAGUGGUCUGAGGCAGUUGGAUGCUAUAGCGUGCAUCGGGGCGUCUGGGCUAAACGACAUGAAGAAGCUGGGGAAAUGGGCAACCGAGUCUCGCCUUGACCCCAACGACCCCAACAACUCCUCCAUAAUGCAGCUGCUCUCAGUGGCGAGCGGAGGGGAGAUGGCGGUCCCUGAUUAUUUCCGACCGGAACAGCUGCAGGAGGAGUUUAACUUCCUGUCUGAUGAGGAGCUGGAGCGCUCGCGCCGCUUCCGGCUGCUCAGACUGAGGAGCCGAGAGGUGGCUGAGUUUCGGCAAUUCAAAUCCGUGCCUUCUGUCGAGCGGGAGAUCUCGGAGAAAGUGUUUGAGGAUUAUGAGCGCAGGCUGAAGGAAGGAGAGCUGGUGGACACCAAGGAGCACAUGGACGCACACAGAGCUCUGGUGGCUAAGUAUUUACAGAAAGUGCGGGAAUCUGUGAUGAACCGCUUUCUCAUAUCGAAGCAUCAUUACGUGCUGUCGGAUGUGAUAGUGGAAGAGGAGGUACCGAGCAUCGGGAUUUUAGGCCUGAACCUGUUCAAGCUGGCCGAGCCCAAGCGUCCUCUGAAGCCUCGGAGAAAAGAAAGAAAGAAAGUGACGGCUCAGAACCUUUCCGACGGAGACGUCAAACUGCUGCUGAACGUCAUCCGGGGCUACGACAUCCCUGUCCGUAAACCGCACACCAGCAAACCUGCAGCAGUGUCCAAGAGCGCGUUUACAUCGGCUCAGUCGUCUCAGACCGCACUCCAGGGGGGUGAUUGGCCCCUCGGCCAGCCCCAGAUCCGGCCCUAUGUCGAGGUCUCAUUUCAGCGUACGGUACUGCAGACCUCCACAGCUGAGGGUCCGAACCCUUGCUGGAACGAAGAACUGCUGCUGCCAUUCAGCGCUCCGAACGGAGAUUACAGCACAUCCAGCCUGCAGGCCGCCCGCGACGAGGUCUUCAUCAGCAUCUUUGACGAGGUCCUGUACGAGGUGGUGGAGGAUGAGCGAGAAAAAGGAAACAGCGUUCACACGCGCAUCGAGAGACACUGGCUGGGAUCCAUCAAGAUUCCGUUCAGCACGAUCUACAUGCAGUCACGGAUCGACGGGACCUUCAAGGUGGCCACGCCCCCAGUGUUGCUAGGCUACAGUAAAGAGCGGAGCCUGGGCACCGAGGGCGGCUACGACACGGUGAGGAGUCUGAGCGAAGGCACCUUCCUCACCCUCUUCAUCACUAUCGAACCACAGCUGGUGCCUGGAGACACGGUUAGAGAAAAGAUGAAGAAUGGAAAGUUUGACACGCAGGAAUCCGAGCGCUUGCUGUCGGCAUGCGAGAGCUUCGAGAAGGACACGGGGAGGAGGUUCCCGGACCGACCCUGUCUCACCACUGUGGCGGAUAUGAACGGCAAAACCGUCUUCAUCACACGCUUCAUUCGAGCCCUCGGCCCUCCGCAGGAGCUGCUGGACGCUUUUCCCAACAACCCCCAGGAGGCAGCGGAGCUUGUCGCUCGAUACGUGUCUCUCAUUCCCUUUCUGCCGGACAGCGUCUCUUUCUCUGGCGUCUGUGAUUUAUGGAGCACCUGCGAUCAAUUCCUGACGCUGUUGGCGGGAGACGAGGAGGAGCACGCCGUUCUGCUCUGCAAUUACUUCCUGUCCAUGGGCAAAAAGGCAUGGCUUAUCAUAGGAACUGCCAUCCCUGAGGGUCCUACAGCGUACGUUCUCACCCAAGAACACAACAGCUACGUGAUCUGGAACCCCAGUACGGGGCAGUUCUAUGGACAGUACGACACAUUCUGCCCUCUGCAGACAGUCGGCUGCCUGGUCAACGCCGAUAAUGUGUGGUUUAAUAUUCAGACAUACGCCACUCCCAUGAGGAUGGGCUUCGAUGUCACCAAGCCCAAGUGCUGGAAGCCGUUUUUCUCCAGAUCGUUCCCCGACCCCGGCAUCUCCAGCAUCCAGCCUGAGGAGCUUGUGUACAAACAGACAGACAAGGCAGCAGCAGCAGAGUUACAGGACAGGAUAGAAAAGGUUCUCAGGGAGAAGAUCAUGGAAUGGCGCCCCAGACACCCGACUCGCUGGAACCGCUACUGCACGUCCACCUUACGCCACUUCCUGCCGCAGCUGGAACGGAGCGGAGGCCGCGAAGUCGCCGAGGAGCAUCGGCUCGAGCUGCAGAGUCUCCUGGGAGACUACAGGAUCUCCGGCUUCCCCCUGCACCUUCCGUUCUCCGAGAUUCGACCCAUCGUGGAGGCGGUACACAGCACAGGCGUGCACAGCGUCGAGGCUCCUAACGUGGAGUUCGCGCUGGCCGUGUACGUACACCCUUACCCCAGUAACGUGCUCUCCGUGUGGGUUUAUCUCGCCUCGCUAGUCCGUACACGCUAGAUUGCGUAACACCAACCCAGGCAAAGCAGAUCUUCAUGAAGUUUGCUUUGUGCACAGUGGCAUCGUCAUGCUGGAACAGGUUUGGGUCUCCUAGUUUAAAUUUCAUGCAUCUUCAUCCAAGGAUACAAUUGUAUGCCUUCAGCUUUGCAAUGACAAUUUGGGGAUGAACCUCAUAUGAUUGGGAAAGUCAGGUGUCCCAAUAUUUUUGUCCAUGUAGUUUAUUUUGGGAUUUUUUACUGAAGAUUGAGUAUUUCUACUUGAAUCUAAUAUAUAUUUUCAGUAUCAUUGGUUACUGAGGGGAAAUUUUACUAUCAAGACAUACAACCAUUGUUUUUUUUUUGUUUUUUUUUUAUAUAAAAACCAUCCUUUCUUUUGCGUUAUAACACUGUAGAGCAGAAAAAAAACUGACCAAAAAACCGACUUGGACAAAAAAAACGGAUCAGAGAACGAAAAUCUAGAUCUCAAUUCCCUGAGGAUUUGGUUACUUUCUCCUGUCACAUUCAUGAACCGAAACCUUCUGACGUUUGUUGACCGAGAAGAAAAGCACGUAUUUUUGUUUUCCAUCUUCCUUUGAGUCUUUCAGUCAAAACAGGUCACAUGUAGCGUCUCGAGAGAGCAAAACAAAACCUCCUCGGGACGUUUUCACCCAUUUCAACCAAAAAGUUCAUUUCAGCACGUUUUAAGUAAAAUAGGAAUUUUAUAUCCGUAUUGGCAAAUAGUGAAAUAUUUGUGGGUUUAAAAAAAAAAAAAACCUCAAAUUACAUUCAACAUCCUUUUUUUCUUUUUAUUUCUUCAUUCACAAAAACAUUGACCCACAUUAUGUUUGCUGACUUAUUUUUGGUGUGCGUGCAGUUUACUGUAACUUUCCUGCAAUAAAAAGAUUAAAAAUUUAAGCUUAAACCAAA